AUAUCCAACCAUAUCCUGAUUACACAUAUAUAAGUAACCGUAAAAUUCACGUUCGAGCAUUUACCGUUUUGCUCGCCGGUUACGCGUCGUAUAUAUAUACAAUCCACUUUCCCCGCGAGUAAACCGAGCGAAAACAAAAAAAUGAAGUAGAAACUCGACCUAUAAAUUUGCGUCGUAUACUUUUUAGUGCAUCAAUCAUUAGCAAUAUUGCGCAAUAGUCUUUUUCAAGGACAUGCGAUUGUCAUCUUUGUAAAUUACAAAACAGUCGUCUGCUCGAAUGUUCACGAGUUUAUAUGCUGGAUUCAUAUGUAAAUACAUAUAUAGCUUAACGAAACCUGGUUACUUAUAUGUGCAUAUAACGUGCAGCACAGUCGUGCAGUGAUUGAAAAAGUUUCGUUCAUUUCCGUGUGUGCCCGACGGAUUUAUGAAUAAUUCUUCUUCAACAUCAGUAUAAUCAGAAUAUGAAGUUGUUCCUCCUAGUUUUAUGCCUCGUUGGAAACACAUGGGCACAAGAAUGGUCUGUUCUUCUGGAAACUGCAUCCUUGACCAUUUAUAUGGAUGACACCGUCGGAGUACCAUUUUCUGUUACGAUACCAAAAAAUACAGGAAUCUCUACCAUAAACUUGGCCAUUAACAAUAGCGACGCUGAGGUUGUAGCUAUUAAUGCACCAAAGUUUUAUUCCAAUGAAAAUAAUGGAGAAACGUGGAACAGUACAAUUAAUAUCACUGGAUUAUUCAUCGGCAAGUCCAGGAUAAGCUUGAGUUUUUCAAAUAAGAAGAAUGCGGUAGUCUCUGAUGAGCUGGAUAUCACGGUAAUAAGAGCUCAUAGAUUGAUAGACACGCUCUUCACCGCAAGUGUUGCCAUUCUUGUAUCGAUUCUUUAUAUAAAUUUUGGCUGUGCCAUGGAUUGGGGAGUCUGCCGUGACACACUGAGAAGACCAGUUGGUAUCGCGGUGGGAGCCUUUUGCCAGUUUGUAAUCAUGCCACUUAUUGGUUAUGCUCUGGGCCAAUUGCUGUUUUCCGACAGACCAGAAAUGCAAAUUGGCAUUUUUUUCACAGGUAUAAGUCCGAGCGGAGGUGCUUCCAACAUUUGGACUGUUUUACUCGGUGGCAAUAUUAAUCUCUCGGUGACAAUGACCACUCUUGGGACGAUUGCGUCAUUUGCAACAAUGCCUAUAUGGAUAUUCAGUCUGGGCAAACAGAUUUUCGACAAGGGUAAUUUAGUGGUGCCAUAUUCCAGGAUAGCUUUCCUUGCAGUUGGACUGAUAAUUCCUCUGAGUUUGGGCUACAUAAUACAAAAGAAAAUGCCAAAAUUGUGCCGAGUUUUGGUACGCAUAAUGAAGCCAUUCUCGGGUAUUCUCAUUCUGUUCAUCGUCAUAUUCGCAAUCGUGACGAAUCUCUACCUCUUCAAACUUUUUUCGUGGAAGAUCGUCGUUUCCGGAAUGGGCUUAGCGUGGAUUGGUUACAUAUGCGGAUACAUAGCAAUGAUCGUCUUCAAGCAGCCAAAAAUGGAUGUCAGAGCUAUCGCGAUUGAAACUGGAAUACAAAAUACGGGAAUUGCCAUUUUUCUUCUACGUUUCAGUCUCACACAGCCAGGAGCUGACCUCACCACCGUUAUUCCUGUUUCGUGUGCAAUCAUGACGCCAAUACCGCUUGCCGUAUUCUGGCUCAUAAAGCUGGUGUACGAUCGGCGGAAGAAGAAACAUGCUGCAUCGAUGGAGAAGCUGCAGAAAAUUGCUGAACCCAUUAACGCGAUAACCCCGACGGUACUUUAUUGAGUCGAAAAUAAUCUUGAGGAAAGUUUCGAAGAAAUGAGUAACUCGCGUCGGUUUGGUAUCCUAGGAAAACUUAAUAAGUAGAAAAGGUGCAGGGUUUUUCGUAGUCAUUUUUCGACUUUCUGUAAAUAAGGUAAAAAGUAUUUGUAUAUCAGCCCACCUGCCAGUAUAUUCAGAUGUAUAUUUAGAAUAUCAAACGAUAUCCUUAUAUUAAGGUAUAUUUUUCCAAAAUCGAUAUUCUUCAAAGCUAAAUGCAAGUUGAAAGUCCGAAGAUUGGCAUAAUUUAUUGUUCAAAAUGUUCAAAAAAAAAUUUCACACAUUGCGAAAUUCGUUUAUAGUUUCCACGAAUUGAGAAAUAUUUAUCUGUGCGAGUGUAACGAAGCCGAACUUUCCUUGCACAAAAAAUUAUUUUUGUUUUUUAUUGCGAACAUGGAGCGACAAUCGAUCGUGUUGAAACCGUUGACCAAUGAAAUUUUUAUGUUUAAUACAUUGCCAAGAUAACUGAGUUCACGAAAACAGAACUGCAGUGUGGGGAAGUUAUACUUUUUUUUCAUAAUUUUGUACAAAAGAAAUUUGUUUGUUUAUCAAACGUCAUUGUUAUUUAUGGGCCUUUGUGGGCCGAACGCGCUCCAUUGAGUCUCACUGAAAGACAACGAUCAAAAAAUUCACCGCCAUGAUUAUUUACUUAGGGAUUUUUGGAGGUGCUGCUUCCAAAAUCUACGUUAUCGUUCGAAUGAAAAUAUUCCAUGCGACAUUUUGCAUUUCCGUUCAAUGCGAAUAUUUGUUUCUAUUGCAUUUUGAGUACCGGAAGACGAUUGCUCGUCGGAUUUUGUUGAUUAUUUGUUUUUGUUACGAUACAUGGAAAAAUAUAUUCACAGUUCUUCGAGAA